AUGAAUUUCUCGUCUGCAAACUCUUAUGUGAGAGCUCGUGACAGUUUCAGUGUGGCUGUGAGCAAAAACGUGAUUGUCGGAGUACUAUGUAUCAUCAUCAACUACAUCAACGGCACCCUGAUCCACACCUUCAACAAACAUCAGAUAUUCCAUGUGAACCCACGAUACAUCCUCUUCAUUCACCUUGUGGUCAAUGAUAUGAUGCAACUGACCUCCUCGGUGAUGCUGUUAUUGCUUAGUUAUGUUUUCUACAAAAUCAGCGUCCGCCUCUGUUGCUUCCUGCUCCUGUUUACUAUCAUCGCUACUCAAAACACACCAAUGAAUUUAGCUGCAAUGGCGGUGGAGUGUUAUAUUGCCAUUUGUUUACCACUGCACCACGCAACGUUAUGCACAGUCAGAAGAACAUAUAUUCUGAUCGGUAUAAUAUGGUUUGUGAGUUUGAUGUCCUACGUACCGGACAUUUUUUUACUGCUGAGCACAGAAUCUGCAGAAUUCUUAGAUUCCAAAAUAGUCUGCAUCAGAAACAAUGCAUUUUUAAGUCCUUUACUCCAGCAGAAGAACAACAUCUAUAACAUAAUAUUACUGGUUAUAGUUUGGAGCAGCCUUGUUUACACUUACUUAAGAAUACUUUUUGCUGCUAAAUCAGCUGAUGCAGAUGUAAAGAAGGCCAGGAACACCAUCCUACUUCAUGGGUUUCAGCUACUGUUAAGUAUGCUCACAUAUGUAGCCCAGGCAUUAAGACAAGCUCUCUACGUCUGGUUCCCUAGAAAUAUUACUGAUGCAAUUUUUGUUUGUUAUGUUUUCAUCCAGGUUCUUCCCAGGUUAAUCAGUCCUAUUGUGUACGGGAUAAGAGACAGGACAUUCAGGAGGUACCUACAGAGGUACCUGCUAUGUGGAAUGAGAGCAAGCAUCAAUCCACAGCCAACCAUUAAAGAGCUUCAGUAA